CGCCCUCGCAGUGCGCCCGCCCGCCAUGCCGCCACGCACGCCCCUCACGCCGAACCAGCAGCGCAUCCGCGUCAUGGUCAUCUCCUUCCCGUUCCUCGUCGCUUCGUCCUACGUGCUCUUUAGACGGCUAUACCUCGGCGAGGAACAGAAGAAACUGCCGAGUGCGCCGACAAGGGGCAAGCUGGACGUGCAGCCGGCCUGAGGGCGGCCACAGCAUGUGGAGGAUGCGCGACAGCGGACGGGGGACAGGAUGUGCGGACAUCGAUGGGGCAGCGGCACAUGUGGGAAGCGAGACGCAGGAGGAAAGCUGGAGAAGGGGCCGUGGCCUCAGCUUGGCAGAGGGUGAGCAAGGGGGGAGAGGCAGAGGGCGAGGGCCCUUCUUCUUGCUUCAGGCGGGCACCGCUGCAGCAAGGGAGCGGGCAAACGGGAG